AUGGUUAAUUUGCAAUUACAAGGCGACAGUUCAAAUUUGAUUAAAACAAAGUCCAUCUUAUCAGCGUUUCUUGCCAGAGUUAAACUAAUGAAGGAAAAUAUUGGACGGGGCGAAUUUUCUCAGUUCCCCAAUUUGUCACAGACAAGCUGCCAGGAAGACGACGUUUCAACUUACGUUCAACAUUUAAAUGCCCUCUAUUCAGAUUUUGAAUCUAGGUUUGAGGAUAUUUUGACUAUGGUAAUACCACCGUGGAUAAUUAAUCCAUAUGGUGACAUAGAAGAAACGAAUGUCAUAAUACAAGAGGAACUGACUGCACUAAGUACAAACGAAGAACUUAAGGUUCAGUUUAAAAACGGAUAUCAGCAAUUCUGGCUGCAAAACAACAUACCCGUUACUAUCCCGUAUUAUGGAAAAUAG